CCCCACGCCAUCUUCUUCCUCACCUGCUCAUGCCAUCAGCUUCUUCUAUGGCAAAUUUCUCUGCAACUUAUCAGAUCCUCUGCAGCCAACAGCAGUUCACCAUCCCUUGCAUCCAUCCAUCCCCUCUCUCUCAGUAAAAAAAAAAAAGGGCACUAGCAGCUCCCUCUUUGGUUCGAAGACCAUCACCAGUAGUGUAGGACCUUCCUCCCUCUCUCGGAGUCCCCAGCUCCUCUGCUUCAUUUCCUCGAGCUCGCCCUCAGCUUCGAUGCCCCUCAUGUAGAGCUAAGUGUAGCUGUCACUCUUCUCUCGUUCUCUUGGCUCUCCUGCCCUCUUCGUUCUCCGUCUCCACACUUUUUUGUCUUCCUUGCAGGACAUCGGAAUCACGAUGGCCGACUUCAAGCUCCUCGUCCGUGACCACUUCCCUUGCUACACUUCAUCAACAUCACCAUGGUCAUCAUCAUUUUCGACUCCUCUGCAGCCUUCGAAUCUGACCACCAGCAACGCAUCUUGACGUUCAUCACCAUUUUUCCAUAAAGACAAACUCGGCUUCUGCUCAUCUCCACCACGAGCAAUCUCUCACCUUCAUUCUCUCUCCUCUCUAUGCUUCCCACUCAUUCUCUUCGCUCUCAGUCCCUGGACAACAACGAAGCUAGAGAACAACAGCCUGCCUCUGCUUAUCAUCCUCACUAUUCUAUUUCCUGCACUUUCAAUUUCCCAUCACCUCCAUCGGCCCCAUUCUCCUCUGUUAGCGGUCAUCCUUUUCCUUUCCUUCUUCUCGACUCCAUCUCCUUUCCUUGCGGCUCCUCCUCUCCUCCUGACCAGCACUGCACCAGCACGCAUGCCCCAUCUUCCUCUCCUUUCUCUCUCUCUCGGCUGGACAGAACAGCAUGAAGCAACAAACACAGCCUCGAAAGUUUUGUUUCCCCCCGCAUUUGUAGUGGUCUCGGCUGGUUUGGUUGAGGUUCGGUUCAUCAUCGGCUAUAAAAGUUACGUGCUUGUCUUCACACUUGCUUGGGUGAGGUACAAAAAUUUCAAACUUAAUGGCAUGUUUAGGACUCCCUUUAGUGGCUUGAUUCAAUCCUCACUGGAAUGGUGAUGACGUGAAAUGAAUGUUUGUGGAUCGUGUGGAUGAGCAAGAUUAUUCUGAACCCGAUUUUACAAAGUUUUCAAUGUGUUUUAGUUCAGUUCCUGCAUCAUUUUUCACUUUUUUAGAUCAGUCCUAAAAUUUCUGAUCCAUUUCAAUCAAAUCCUGGACUAUUUUUAGUAUUUUUUUCCUAACCACUGCACUUUCCAGACGAUUCAGAUCAGUCCAGGAAACUUUUCAAUCUGUUUCAGUUCAGUCCCUGCUACUCUUUAAACGUUUUUCAUAUUAGCCCUGUCAGCACCUAAUUUCGGUCCAUCGGCUCCGAGGGGGGCAAAAUUGUCAUUUCCCAAUUUAUCGCCUUUUCUUAAAAAAAUAUUAAAUUAAUUUUAAUUAAAUUAAAUUAUAUAUACAUUAAAAAAAAGAAGAAGAAGAAGAAAAGAUUCGGGCAAGGCCAGGCAGGCCGGGCAGCGUUGACCGGUUGCCCGGGACCCGCCGGCCCUAAUUUAAAAAAAAAAAAAUCGGGCAGGCCGGGCAGCGCUCGCCGGCUGCCCGUGAUCCCCGCCGGCCCGGAACUGCCCCCAAAUCGCGGUUUUCCGCGAUUUUCUCCAAAUCGGCUGAAAUCUCAACGGAAACGGGGAAGAAAUUGCAAUUAAAUAAACAGAAAUGGAAUUCAGAUAAGGAGGGAGGAGACCCAGCAAACGAGAUCGAAAGAUUGGCUCUCGUUUCGGGGAAUUUUGAAAUUGGAAAAUUCGGAAACCCUCGCCGGAAACCGCGCUAAUUCCCCCCGAUUCCGACUGAUUGAGCGCCGGUGAGAUCCCGAUCGACCACGGCGAAGCACCGGCGGUACCCAGAGCUAUCUCCCGCACCCUCUCGUGCCAUCGUCGCGGCGUCCAGAGGCGCGAACCGCCGCCGGCAGCCUCGUCACCGCCGCUGCCCCCGAUCCUGAUCGUCCUUCGGCUAACGGGCCUCGGCCCAGUUCCCUUUUUUGUAGGCCCAGCCCAAGCCCAGCUAGGCCCAACUUCCCCAGUCCGGCCCAGCGCUCUUCCAGGCGGUUUUCUCCUUCGGGCGGUCCGGUCCGAUCCGAUCCGGCCGAUCCAUCCGGCGAUUUUUUUUAUUUUUACAGAGAAGUCCCUCAAUUUUCCGAACUAGGGAUGUCACGCCCGGUCUCCUGCCCGCGCCUCGACAGAGUCACACCACUGCUCGAGGAGAUUACCCGUAUAUGGAGAGCAUUACGCCCAGUCGACUGCCGUUACAUCUUUGCGUUCGUAGGGGAUAUCCCUUUGCUGGCUACCCGGCACGUUGAUUGGAAUUUCCUCGAAGCUGCCAUCGCAUUCUGGAACCCAAGUCACGCCGUCUUCGACAUACAGGGUACUGAGCUCACGCCAACUAUCGAGGAGUACCGAACACUCAUCGGUCGAACCGCAGUUGUCCAUGGCAUUGUAGAACCCAAUUUCCACACUGCCCGAUCAACCCUAGUCUCACGCCUACUCAGGGUUCCCACGACUCGUUUGAAUGCUGAACUCGCAUACUCCGGCAGCACGGAGAUUGCAAUCGAGAAACUCCUCUUUUUUAUUGAGUCCCGAGCGCAUAGGGUCCAGGGGGAUUUUCUUCGAAAAGAUUUAUGUCAUGCUGUUCUAUUGCUAAUUUUUGGGACCCUCUUAUUCCCUCGCUCACAUAGUCUCAUCGAUGCAGCCUUGGCCAGCGUUGUCCUCCAAGUGGUCGGAGGGCGUGGUUAUGAGGUAGCCCUCGUGGCUGAGACCAUUCGGUCCCUCGACCGCGUCUUGAGAACAUGCGACCGAAGGAUAAGAGGAUCCCCUAUGCUUUUACAAAUUUGGCUCCAAAGUCACGCAAACCCUCUGCGUCUGGUGCGCUCGAUUAUGUAUUUUAAUGGUCCAGAGUCAAUUAUUUCUCGAUUGCUACCCCUCCUGCGUAUGGAAGAACACAAGGUCUCUGAGUGGAUCAAAAUUUUUCGUGAAAUAGCACCUAGGGGCUUCAAGUGGCGUGCCGCGUGGAUGCCACCCGGACCCAUGGCCCUUAGGUGUCCUGAUUUUUAUGGAGUCCCACUCAUGAGUCAUGCGGGGUCCACUACUUAUUUUCCGGCGCGAGUAGUGAGGCAGCUCGGUGGCUUACAAACGGUCCCCGAGGAUACAACUCGAACUAGAUUUGAACAUACUUGGCGGGAGGAUCAGACACCCCCAGAUCACCAAAGUAACGUCGAACAGAUCCUGGAUGCAUGGCGAACUGUGAUUACCGAGCUUCCAUACUUCCCCGAGCAUCCGACCCUUGAUGAGCGAGAUUUCCAGGUUACAGAAGAAUACAUCCUUCGCUUCUACCGAUGGGGUCCAGCAGCACACGAGGAUCUCGUCAACUCUCCGCGAGUCAGAGAUGGCGGGUCACCCGGCGCAACUCCCACUCCGAAUAUGGCCAUCCAAGCCGAGCUCACUCAUCUCAGAGCCGAAAGAGAUCGUCUUUGUCGAGAAGUCGCAGAGAGGGACAAGCAGCUUGUUGAUCAGCGUCAACUACAGAGAGAGCUCGCCCAGACCCGUGUCGAGCUACAGAGGCGCGAUCAGGAAUUGGCACGAGCAAACGCCGCUGUGGAGAGGUCCAGGAAAAGGGCUCGUGGGGGUACAUAUACACCCUAGGAUAGACACCCCUGCCAGACCCUCGAACUAGGACUUUCCAUGGCGACGGUCGCUUGCACCUCGGGCACGUUGGAAAAUCGACUUAGGACUUCAAUUUCAAAACUUGCAUUGUACUUUGAACUUAUCGAGUCAAUGUGAAUGACAACAUUAGCUUUUGGAAAACUCACGCAUCGCAUGC